CAGGUCUUUCCUGAGCAACAAACAGCCCACCGUAGGUCUGUGUUUCCAUCUACGAGCGGCUCGACCUGGUAGACGGACGAGGCGAGGGUGUUCGGAAAUCGGUGGAUGCUGGUAUCUUGGGCAGCUGUAUGGUCGUGAGAGGGCUUGACGUGCCGCCAGCUAGACAUUUUUAAGGGCGGACCCUCGGUCAUGACACGUACAUUAAUCCAUCCCUGGCAUAAGAAAGUUCACGACACAGCGACGGUGCGGUUGGGUCCGCUUGCAAACUCACCUACACGAUCGAGUAUCGAAGGCUCGCGUACUACGACUGCAUCAUCUUCGGAUAACAACAGUCCACAUACGCUUGGCUCACGUACUUUCCACCGAGCUACUACUAUGGCGAAUUUCGUUCAUGGUAAUGCUAUCUCCGUCGUGAAAGGAUUACCUCGAAAACGGAAGCUGCAGCAACAGAAAUCAUUGCCAGAUUCUUCGUUAUACACAGCACCAAGACGAGUUCGAAGAAAUGACCUCGUUCCGAUAGUACAGGCGGAAAAAAUAAAGUACAGUCGGUGGUUCAUCCAACCGCGUGCUACGUGGAAAGUAAGAUGGGACCUCUGGAUUGGAUUCAUUAUUGCUUACAGUGUCGUCCUGAUCCCGUAUCGAAUCGGCUUCGGUAUUGAACUCGCGGGGUGGGAACAAGUUAUGAACUAUUGUUUUGAUAGCAGCUUCGCCGUGGAUGUGAUAUUCAACUUUUUUACCGGGUAUUACGACGAGGAUGUGUUAGUCUAUGAGCUGCGCAGAAUCCGGCACCGCUAUCUUCGCAGUUGGUUCCUUUUCGAUGUGGCAUCGACAGUUCCUCUAGAUCAAUUUUUGCAGGUGGUUACUACCGCGUCAUCCUCGCUGCUCACACUCAAGCUUAUCCGAGUCUUUCGGCUGUUUCGGUUGCUAAAACUCAUGCGAUUAUUACGAUUAAAACGGACGAUGGAAGCAGUUCAAGUGGAUGCGCUUAAUGCGCACGUGCUGCAGACUAUUAAGAGCUUACUCACAAUUAUCUUCAUUAUCCAUCUCGUGGCAUGCGGGUGGUAUAUGUUUUACACUUGGGACCCCACGGGGAAGAAUUGGGUCACGAAUAUUGAACCAGAAGGCUUCAAAAAUCCCUAUCUUGUAAGUUUCUAUUGGGUAUCGAAUACCAUGAUGUCCGUGGGUUAUGGAGAUAUCUACGGGGUCACCGAUGGAGAGCGAUUAUACUCAAUUUUCGUAGCAUGUCUCGGUUCAAUUUGCGUCGGUAUGAUCAUUGCGAACAUCCAAAUGUUAACAGAGAACUACAAUCCUCGCGGUAUUAUGCUCAAGCAAAAGCUCCAAGACACCAAAGAGUUUCUUAUUAAACGCGGUAUCCCACGUCGUCUUCGCCAACGCGUUAUCUCGCAAUUUGAAUUCCACUGGAGCCAUCGCACAGUAUUUGACGAAGAGAACUUGCUGCAACAGUUUCCUAGAAGUCUGCAAUACGAGAUUCUUGCUGCCUCCAUGGAGUCAUUUGUGAAAAAGUUCCCAUUUUUCGGCAGGACCUCUGUGGAAUUUUUCGUGUUCGCAAUACCUCGACUUCGACCCAUCGUCCUGGGCCCUGGCCAAGUUCUUGUCGAUGCUGAAAGUGUGUGGGAGGAACUCUAUUUCUUGACAUCAGGCACCGUGGAAACUGUGCAAUCUAAUCUGGUUGUAGGAUCUCUCUCACCCGGUGAAAUUUGUGGUAUUGAGUACCUUGUAAACGCUCGUAGACGGUAUACCCACACGUAUCGCUCGAUCUCAAAGACAGAAUUGUAUGCAAUGUACAGCAGUGAUCUACUCGAAGCGAUUAACAAAUGUCCAGUAGCGCACAAAUAUCUUGAAGAUUUGGCUGUCAUUCUUGGAGAACGGUACGAAGAGUCCGCAAGACGGGGAAAGCGAGCACUUCUACGACAACGUUCCAUUCGCGCAGUUCGACGAGAAUCGUUAACGAAAGGAGAGCCUUAUCUGCACAAACGGCAUCGCAAGUCCAUUUCAGCUGGAAAUAUAAGCACGAUGCCAUCCGACUUCAUUACUCGAAUGGACAUGAGCGUUGCCGGCGAUGAAGUAGUGACCCACUGGUCGGUAAUUCGUCACUAUUCCAAGUUGCGAAUAACGUGGGAUAUUGUAAUGGGUAUCAUGGUUUCUAUCACAGCCGUCACUGUGCCAUUCCGAAUCGCCUUCGACGUGCAGGAUGUACUUGUCUUUUACGCCACCGAUCGUAUCUCGGACGUUUUGUUUGUGAUCGAUGUCAUUCUCAGCUUUUGCACCACAUACGUCGAUGAUACUGGAGUGGAAAUCGUUGAUCGCUACGAAAUUCGUAGACAUUACCUGAAAACCACAUUCUUCGUAGAUAUUGCAUCAACAAUUCCUUUUGACUUCCUCGUGGAGGCGGCGGCGACAGGCAACAUAUUCAGGUCGUUACGUUUAAUCCGCACUCUCAAACUGAUCAAGCUGCUUCGACUCAUGCGGUUGUCUAAGUUGCUUAAGAUGAACUCGCAAUGGAUGGCUGAAUUUGAUAUUAACGUUGAUACCGUUCGACUUCUAAAGCUUCUCGCCCCAGUGAUGAUCAUUGCGCAUUACGUAGGAUGUUUCUGGUACUAUAUAUCUGCAGAUCGUGCUGCAGACGAUGCUUGGUGGGGGAAUCCGAUUCUGUAUUUCGAAGAUCCUGAGUCGAUUCUCUCGAAGUACAUUGCCAGUAUCUACUGGGCAAUUACGACUAUGACCACUGUGGGAUUUGGAGAUAUCUACCCGGUUAAUGAUUUCGAAAAGGGCUUCUGCAUUUUAGUCCUAAUUGGAGGCACCACGUUGUUUGCGUAUGUGGUGGGAACUGUCAUUGAAGUGGCAAGCAAUUCGAAAAGUUUAAUGAACCGAGAGCACGAAAUGGUCCAACGAGUAAAUGCGUACAUCAAAGAACGCGGGGUAUCGUCCGAAUUCAUCGUGGCUUGUCAAGAACACUUGAGAUUCGUGGAUGCAGAGAAAACAUUCUUUGUCGAGAACUCACUAUUUGAUGCUCUCAGUUAUUCCUUACGCAGCGAGCUGAUUUUAAUACUCAACGGAGGUGUAGUUUCAAAAAUUCGCUUCUUUGACAAAAAACCAAAAUGGUUUCUGACGUUGAUUUUACCACGACUGGUACCGCAAUUUUUUCUCGAAGGAGACAUUCUAAUAUACCAGGAUAAUCCCGUAAGCGGCAUCUUUUUCAUCAUGAACGGUGCUGUUAUUGCCAAAACACGCCAUUUUGCACCGGUGCCAAACACUCACGCCACAAUGUCGAGCGGCAGAAGUCACUCAUCUUCGGAGCCUAUUUUUGCGGACCAUCAGGGUACGAUUGCCAAGAUUUUUGAAGGAGAAUUUUUCGGAUACAAGGAAACUUUGACGGAAACUGUGGCACGGUACAAUUUAUUCGCAAUGCGAGCUACAGGGACUUAUUUACUAUCACGAGAGUGUUUGGACGAGUUUGAGACCCAAUAUCCGCGAGUUAUGGACGAAAUCCGGUCAUUGAUUGUUCAGUCAAUCACACGACAGCAGAAAAUAGUCCCUGGAUGGCAAAAUAAUGACGCUAUCAGUCUCACACCCUCGGAUCGAGACCGGGUGGCUGAGAUAAAUAUCGCUCGUCGCGGAGGCGACUACGACUCUAUCCGAGCAAGUGUAAGUGGGGCUGUCAUGCCUAAACGAAAGUAUUCAUCGUUUGCCGCGCCGAUUGGGUAUUCCUUUGGGGAUAUAGCCAACGCUGCGGCCGCAGCGGCGUUAGCUGCUCAGACUGAACCUGGUUCCGGUGCGAGUACGAGUCGCUCCGAUGGACAGGACGAAGAAACAACUGUCCAACCUUUGGAGCAUACCACCGAUGAACGGGUACCAAAAGUAGCACGACGUUCAGGCACAGCUCCGCAAAAAAAACGUCCUACUCUGUUGCCAGGUCUAGUGGAGCCGAUGGAACCGCUAUCAAGCGAAAUAAAUACGACCGGCGCGAUGUUCGUUCCAGCUACUCUCACUCCGCGACGUCCGAAUAGUGCCACGUCGUUGUCGACGGUGCACCCUUCAGGAGCUGACCAUACGCCCCCAAUUCGACUGCGACCUGAUGGGGCUGCUAAUAUGCGGUCCUUUCAUAGUGCUCACAGGUCAAGUGUAUCGAUGCGAGAUAUCGGCAGAAAUCAGCGCCGACCUUCGGAAAGAUACUUAUCCAUGCGCAAAAAUGACGUGACGGCACUUGUUGACGAGCUAUUAAGUGGUGAAGGGUUCGACAUCCAACGUACUGUGUCAGGCCGAACCCAGAAACCGACAGUGACAAACUGA